AAGGCAGGCUCGAAGCCGCGGGCGUGAGAGGCGCGAGGCGGGGCGUCUGACUCUGGGAGUUGUAGUCCUGGGCUGCCGCGAGACCAGAGCGAGCGGGGCGACCAACAAGCGCCUGAAGGAAUGGACAAGCUGAAGCGAGUGUUGAGCGGGCAAGACGCCGAGGAGCCGGGCCCCUUGGCCGAGGUGGUGGAUGCAUCUUCCUUAAGCUGGAGCACAAGACUGAAAGGGUUCAUAGCUUGUUUUGCUAUUGGAGUUCUUUGUUCUAUUCUGGGUACAGGCCUGCUAUGGGUUCCCAAAAAAGGACUAAUCUUGUUUGCAGUAUUUUAUACCUUUGGAAAUAUCUCAUCCAUUGGAAGCACAAUGUUCCUUAUGGGGCCUAUGAGGCAGUUGAAAAGAAUGUUUGAAAUGACUCGUUUGAUAGCUACUAUUGUUAUGCUCCUCUGUCUCAUAUUAACGCUGUGUGCAGCUUUCUGGUGGCAUAAUAAAGGACUUGCCUUGAUCUUCUGUGUUUUGCAGUUUUUUGCCUUAGCAUGGUACAGCAUUUCCUACAUUCCAUUUGCAAGGGAUGCUGUGAAGAAAUGUUUCACAGUAUGUCUCACAUAACGGGCAGUUAAACAGCUUGGCCAGCAAGAUGUGUUUCAUCUCCGUAUGCUGAGGACUGGAAGACCACCAUGUGACCUUUGCAUCAGCACACACCUGGCUUCACACAAUCUGUGAAGCCCAGGAAAAUACCAAAUAUUAUUCUACAAAUCAUAACAACCUUUGUGAUAAGUCCCAAGAUCAACUCCAUUUUCCUUUUGUUUGCUUGUUCAAGCAACUAUGUUGCCUGGUGCAAAGGUGUCCUUUUCAAAUCAUGCAAUUUUGUUAAUGAAAAGAUAUUAUGGCAAUCCCAAAUAGAUGGGAGUUGAAGUUUACACAUUUUUGACUUAUGGGGUCCAAAAGACAGUUUACAGAUUGGAUGCUUUUCUUAGCUAAGAUUUCCUAGGGUUGUACAUCUUUGUAUCUUUUUAAAGGAGAAAUCAAUUAUGGAGCCUUAAAUCUUUUGCCUCCUAAAACAUCUAUAGCUACAGUCGCAAAAAAGAACUAAGUUACUGCCUUGUAUCAAAACAGCAAGUGCAAUUUUUAUUGUAAUAUUACUUUGAAUUUAAUAUUGAAUAAUUUUCCAGCCAGCAGCAGAAGCAGCAAGAAACAGUACCCAUGGUAAUGAUAAAAGCAAACAUGUUCUCUUCUGUUUCUAAAAGAUGUUUACUAUAUUUCAUUUACAGUCUCCUAAAAUACCACCUAAGUCUGAAAUAAUGGCAACAGUUCUGCCUUAAUGCUAAGCGUUGCCUUUUGAGUGACUUUUGCUGCUCCUUUUUCAUUAAAUUACUCUUUACAGUUGGUGAAAUAUGACUUUAUACAGCCUAUAAGCAGACUAUGGUCCAUGUAUGGAAUGUAAUUUAAAUAAGAUAUUUCUCUCCUCUGUGUCUCUUCUUAAUAAAUAAUAUGUGAUUUCUGCUCACACCUUACAGAUAUUAUGAUUCUAUGGAUGCUAUGUGUAUUUGUUUCAAAUUGUGCUUUCCCAAUAAGACAAUAUCAUGUAAUGAUUUGUUUGACUGGGCACUCUGAACUUUUGGAUUCCUUUACUUUGAUCCAAUUUUGAAAUAGUAUUUUUUCCCCUGUGUAAUAAAGGAUUGAAGUAAGUCUGUGUGUAUGUAUGCAUGCAGGCAGACUAAGUAAGUAUUAUGUGAGACCUGGGUCUUAAGAAUCAUCUUUAGCGAAUUGAGAGAGAGAGAGAGAGAGAGAGAGAGAUGAUGUAUAUUGCAUUUGACCUUUAAUCAAAUUCCCGGCUCUAGUGGCUUGUAGCACGUAUUGUCUCUAUUAAUUAUGGCUCCUACUCUGUACUCUCCCAUUAUAUAAAAGAGACUAGUAGAGUGUUUUGAACAUAGAAAUUUCCCCGAAUGACCAAGGAGAACCGGGAUUUAGUCUAAUUAAGUACACACUGGAUUCAAUAUUUCUAUCUGCAUAAUUACCUAAUUGCAUCUUUUUAUUUGAUAACCAUCAGCUAUUUUUAACUAGUAGUUUGAGAAGCUUAAUUAUCAUACUCAUUUUGCCAUGUGAGCAAAUAUAAGGGUUAGAAAAUUAGACAUUUAUGAACUAUUUUUUAAAGGUCAGGAUUCAUGUUUUCCUGCUCUGAUGUCAACAAAGUAUCAUAAUUGAAGUUUGUGAGAUACCUUGGUUUCAGUUUCCAGUGGAUUCUCAAUAAGCUGUUAGAAACCUAACAUACUGGCUUCAUGAUUCAUAUGUGCACUAUAUAUAGUUAGAUAGAGGGGGAGAGAGCGCGCCAAAAUCUGAUUUAUUAAAUUUAGAUGUACGGCCACUUGCCAUUUUGAAACUGUAAAUAUUUAAUGUAUGAUUGUGCCCCAAAUGCUGUGCAGGAUUAUUCCUGUUAUUGGUAGUUAUGUGUUAGACAGUGGAGAUUUGUACACACUAUUUUGGAAACUGAGCAUAUGUAAAUACAGUUACUAACCAGGCUUAAGAGAGUGAUUAUAGUAGAGAAGGUGGAGUUUUUCUGCCUGGCUUGUCUUAUUCCAUUGCUGAAAGAAGCCAGGUAGAAGUUGCUUAAAAACACACCACCCUUUUCUGCCACUAGGGCUAGUAAGACAACUUCUAUGGCUAUAUGAUGACUGAACUCUAUGCAUUUCUCAGAAUUUUAUUGAACAGCAAAUGAUGAGAAGGAAAGUGUAAACUUUUGAAGCAGUAGAGGGAGUUUCCCCUAAAAGUGAAGUACUAAAAUCCUCCUAGGUCUCUCAAAAAUGCCAGCCUAGCCCUUGUGCUAACUUGCCUUUUAGAAUUGAGACAAUAGUUUCUUUAGAGAGUUGUAGCAGUUUGAAAGAGUAAUUGUUGCUUGUGAUCUGCACAUGGAAUAUCCUGUUUUCACUUCUGACAAACUGAUAUUUUUGUAUAUUUUAAAUACUUACAGAUGUGUUUGGCUGAUAGAUUAGAAAAUAAUGGGCGUUCAUAUAGUGAGAAGGGAUGCCUGUCUCAGAUCAUUUUAGCUCUCAAACUAUUGCCUGUCUUCACCUUUACUUAUAGAUGCUGCAGAACAUAAAAAGAUUAUAAACUAACAGCUGCCACAACAAAAGUCUUUUGCUGGCAUACUGCUUAAACAUAUAUUUUGGGGGAAAAAGAACUUCAGAAAUCUUGUCUAAAUCAUUCCUUUUCACAAAUACAUUUUUAAAAGAUUCUGAUAAUCAGUGUAUUUGUUUACAGAAUGUGAAUCUAUGGGAUAAAUAACAAUUGUGCAUUUAACACAUUUAGGCACGGAUGGCAGCAAUGCAUUGUCUCUUCUAAAAAAGUUGAUUCUUCACAAUAUGCACCUCAAAUAUUCACAUGAAUGCUUUGUACUAAUAUUUUUCUAUUCAAGAUCUUUCUCCAGCUUGGAUGGCUUCUAGAUUUUGACACUGCUAUGUUUAUAGGGUAUAGCCUUUUCUAUUUAAAAAACCUUAAUUUUUUUUUUUGCUAAGGGUGUUGAAUAUUUGAAAAAGUAUUUUUAAAUGCCUUUGACUUGUGACUUUGUGAUUAUUUUCUGGGAAGGUGACUCCACAUUAAGGGAGCAGUUUAUACAGCCAAGUUUUCCAAAGAACUCAAUUGUUUAUGCUCUGAAUCUUAACAUUAAACUUUUGGGUAGGCCUUGGUGUUUUGGAAUAAAAGCAUUUUAUCGGCUGUAGCAAAUGGCCUGUUUCCUGUUCUCUGACAUAUUGCCCUGUUUUUAGAUUGUCACUUUGUGGAAUGGUAAUCAUGGAAUCUUUUUUGCUGGACUCUUUCACACAACACUGUUUGGUUAUACUCAUUCUUUGCCUUAACUUCAAUAUUCUACUGCCACAGCCUAAGGCUUUUUAGCCGGUAAACAUAAGGAAAUCUAUUUUUGAGAUAUUUUUUGGGGAUGGGGGACAGACACAAAACAUGCCUACCUUCACUAUGUAAUAGUCACAUUGACAGAGAUUUUCAUACUGUAAUUUUGAAUUUUCAGACCGAAUGAAGCUAAGUUUUGUAAGUAUUUCUUUUGCCUGUUGCAUCUUUUUGUACAUGCUUGGAUGGCCUGUCUUAUGUAAAAUAGCUGUUUGAAUAACUUUUACAGCACCAUUUCUUCUGUAAUAAAGCUGGUUUCUCGCUA